AUGAAGAAGAAGAAGCUGCCUUGGGGCAUGGUUUUUCCUUGGGUUUUGAAGGCACUUCCUUUCCAAUUACAACACCAUGUUGUUUUGAACCCUUUGGUGGAGAAGCAGAAAGGGUCUUCUGGUUUUUGUUUUUGUGGGGAUCUGGGUCGUGGCUUGGGCUUGAAACACUUUAUGGUGGAGCUUGGAUGGCAAACCAGAGCAGCCAGAGAAGCAGCAAUCAGGCACCUUUCCACCAUGUUUGUCUUUGUGAAAGUAACCAUUGCUGUGCACCAAAGUGCACUCAAAAGAUUUUUAAAACUCAGAUUCAAGUAUGAUUCUCAAACCUAUCAAUUGCAUCCAAAUGCAAUCAAAUCAUGGCCAUCAAAAUUAUUUAUCAUCCCUGUUGUAUGUCGUACAAUGUAG